GCAUGAAGUUUUAAAUGGCCUUAUUGAGCAAAUCUGGGUUGAAAACAACAUACAACAAGCAAAUCGAAGCUUGGAUGAUUAUCAAGGCAUGGUAAACAUCAUUCAGGUUCAAGAGAAGCUUAGUUGAGGUUUAUGAGGAUCAACUGAGACUGAAAAAAAAGAGUGAGCUUGAGGGUAUGAAAAGCAGAGAGAAAACAGUAGAGAAAGAGUUAAAAAAGAGAGAAAAGAUUGAGAGUGUUGAAAACAAAGAGAGAAAAUCAGUGAGUGUUUAUGCAAAAGAAAGUAAUGUCAAGGCUGCGUUCUUUGCAAACCAGCCUAUGUUUGUGUUUCUGUAUAAAGAUGCUUAUUUCAACACUAACGAACUUAAUGAUUCUUUGCCUAGCGCUAUUAAAUCUCUUUUGCAGGACUUCAAGGAUGUGUUUCCAGAUGACGUUCCUAAUGGUUUACCACCAAUAAGAGGAAUCAAGCAUCAAAUUGACUUCAUUCCUGUUCCAGUGCUUCUUGUGCCUAAGAAGGAUGGGACUUGGCGUAUGUGCGUUGAUUGUCGCGCGGUCAACAAAAUCACUGUAAAGUAUCGUCACCCUAUUCCUAGAUUAGAUGACAUGUUAGAUGAGUUGCAUGGUUCUUGCAUAUUCUCUAAAAUUGAUUUAAAGAGUGGAUAUCAUCAGAUUAGGAUGACGGAAGUUGAUGGAAUCGCAGUAGAUGAAGAAAAGGUUAAGGCUAUUAAAGAAUGGCCAACACCUAAGAAUAUUUCUGAGAUGUGGAGUUUUCAGGGUUUGGCGAGUUUCUACUGGAGAUUCAUCAAGGACUUCAGCACAAUUGCAGCUCCAUUGACUAAAAUCGUGAAAAAAAGUGUUGGAUUUAAGUGGGAAAGUGGACAGGAGAAUGCUUUCAAUUUGAUUAAGGAGAAUUUAAUUUCUGCACCAUUAUUUGCUUUACCUGAUUUUACUAAAACUUUUGAAAUUGAAUGUGAUGCAUCAAGUAUUGGCAUUGGUGUUGUUUUGAUGCAAGAGCGACGAACUAAGCAAUAUGCAAAUCAGGCCAACAAAGGGUGCAAGAAAGUUGUGUUUGAACCUGGAGAUUGGGUUCGGGUGCAUAUGCGGAAGGAGCAAUUCCCUGCACAAAGGCAUUCUAACUUGCAAUCAAGAGGCGAUGGACCAUUUCAAGUGAUUGCAAGGAUAAACGACAAUGCAUACAAGUUGGAGCUUCCUGGUGAGUAUAAUGUUAGUGCUACUUUUAAUGUUUAUGAGCUUUCUCCUUUUGAUAUCUGGGUUGAAAACAACAUACAACAAGCAAAUAGAAGCUUGGAUGAUUAUCAAGGCAUGGUAAACAUCAUUCAAGUUCAAAAGAAGCUUAGUUGAGGUCAUUUGCAUGGAAUUACACAGUUUGCGUCAAAAUCGCACAGUUCUACCGCAAUUUGUAGCAAACUGAUAUUUUGUGUUAUUUUAGGUUAUUUUUAGUGACUUUCACGUUUUUUGUAUUAUUUUUGGGCUGAACAUUCGCUUAUUUGAAGCCCAAUUCGUGGUUAUUAGGUUUAGGACUUAGGGUGUUAAUUUCCUAUUC